AUGCCACCCAGACGAAAACACGAAUGGGUAGAAGUCACAUCGGUGGAUGUGGAUCUGCCGGGGCCAGAGGAGAUACCCCGCCAGUACUUGCGGAGUUGUUCUCAGACUUAUGCUGACAAGCACAAGUUGACACUUGCGCAUUGGUCCCAGCCAAAGAGAACAGGAACCGGUUGGCGCACCACUUGCCAUUGCAAUGAACAUGUGAACUGUGCACGUUGGUAUCGAUUCACCGGAGAGGUUGGAGAGAGGGCAUACACACUUCGUGUCUCCAGCUCUGGAGAGUGUGGUGGCGAGCUGAAGAAGGCCCGCAAGGCUCCAGGAAGGGGCGAUGCAGCUUCGGUCCAGGAGAUUCGAGCAGCCAAAGUUGCCAUAGACAAGCUUCAGCAAGCCCGUGGCCAUUUUCCAUCUCCCAACGAUGUCCGGCGUGAGCUUGGCGAGACAUGGGCUGCUUCUCGGCAAAAAUUGAAAGGAGUAGUCACCAGAGUGCGACACAAGAAAGGCUUUGCAUCCAAGGCGCGCAACAAGAAGAGGCUCUCGGUGGGAUGUUUCCAGGAGUUUGUGGAUGCACGACGGAGCUUCGAGCAAUCCAUGUGCUUCAUGUCCGUCAGUCUCAAUGCAACUGUUCUCAGCUAUGUGGUGUUCUUCUCAGCUUUCUUGUCAGUGCUGGAAGAGUGGAAGCCGACCAAAUUGAUCAUGCAAGCUGAUUGCACCUUCAAAGUGGAUUGGGAAGGCUACGUAUGGGGUUUGUUGGACUUGUCACUUUUCGACGCCUACGGGAACGAUAAACAGAUAUGGACAAAGGCUUUUCAAGACUUGGCGCAAGAGCUACGUCGUCGGCAUUUGCCUCCAGUCAGCAAGCUCUGUUGUGAUUGGAGAAAGGAAAUACCCGGUGCUUUCUUCGAUUCGUUUGAAGAUGGUCUGGUAGUGCAAGGGAUGGAGCACUUGGUGCGUGCAUUGCGCCGCAACAGAAGCAAGCUCGGCGGCACCCGCAAAAUCGAGUAUGUCAUUGCCUGCUUCUACACUUUUGCUUACCUCCCAAUGCAUCUUUUCUUUUCCACUGCCAUGGACAUAUAUCUCAGCAGAGUCAGGCAUGUUUGGAAAUCAGCUCACUUUGUCGACUAUGUUGAACAGCAGUUUUUGACGCGUGUUGAUGAUGUGAUUUGGGCUUCGUGGCACUGCGGCGCCUUCAGAGAGGAUUUUGAUCGUGGUGCUCCUCCAAGCCAGCAGCCAAUCGAGUCAUGGAACAGAAAGUUCAAAGAUGACUGUCUAGGCCGUUUGCAGAAAGGCAAGGAUGAUCAUGUGACUGUCCUGUCGCAAGUGGAAUCUUGUUUGCCGUUGUGGUCUCAGAAACCUCAGCAAGAUGAGGAGGAACCGUAUAGCUUGCUUGCGAAAGAAGGCUGCCACACAUGUUCCGGCCCUGACCGGCCGGAUGCUUGGAUGUUAGAGACUUCGGGGACAGUGAUCAAACCUCCUGGUGGGAAUGCUAUGUUUGUAGCAUCCAUCGCUUCGAUUCUGAAGCAUCAUGCUGAGGAUGCAGAGACGAUCUUUGCCAAGAAGUUGCGCGACCGCACCAUCUAUGUGCUUCGUAUCGGCGCUCCGCAGAAGAGAUUUGGUGAAAUACUUGCAAGUUUUUUUUGA